AUGACACUAUUAGCAUGCCGCAGACAAAGCACCUGGAGGUGUCUAGAUGUUUGCAGGGAUUUCAGUUUUACUCCACGUAAUACUGAUGUACACUGUCCAGUUCUUACCAGCAUGUCACCAUCUCUACAUGGGAAACAACACUCUGGACUGUGUGUGCACCAACAUUCACUAUGCAUAUGGAACUCUUCCUCAAACCUGUCUUGGUCUCUCCGACCACGUCUCCAUUCUGUAGGCACCAGCAUAGUGUCCCCUAAUGAGAUGGAACAGGUCAAGAAAGAAGGCAGGACAGUAACCUGCAACCCAAACCAGAAACUGUGGCUGAAUGCUGAUGUGAGAGCUCUGCUGAAAGCUAGGGAUGCUGCGUUCAGGGAAAGUGAGUCAUCAACACUCAGAGAGGUGAGGAAAGGAAAGUCACAUAGGCCCAAAUUCAGGGUCACUUCACCACCAAGAACUCCAGGUACAUGUGGAAGGGCAUCCAGUCCACCGGAGAUUAAAAUACCAGGGAUGCACAAGGGACCCCUCAUUACCUGA